GUCGGUGCAGUGAGUUUUGUGACAGGCGCAGCUGGAAAGGUAAACUCUGGCACUCUUUUUAUGCGUAAGUAGGUGAGUCCUUGUCCCUGACCAUGAGUGAGAUUAUUCAGCGUGUGAAGAAGACCCCCAAACCGUCUCUACCUGUGCUAUUGUUCACAAAAGCGAGUGUCUGCAUCUUGCCUGUGGCGCAAAUAGCUAUUGGUGCAGUGUACUUAGAUGAGUGCCCCAUGGAGCACUACAUCCCCAUCUACCUUGUGGUGACGGGGACGUUUGCCCUGAUGCUGGCCCUCCUGUCCUGUCUGCCUUGUGCUGAGGCCCCCAAAGACGGCCCCACCAACCCCGUUCAACGCCUGUGCACCGUCUGGAACUCCCUUGCAUCCAUCUUCCUCAGCUGCUGGUUCAUCGCAGGUAACGUGUGGAUCUACCGCAUAUAUGAGCCUAACUAUGUGAAAAAUGUAACCUCGAACGAGCCAUACUGCAAUAAGACGCUGUACCUGUUUGCCUUCUGGACCACCACCCUGGUCUACAUCCUGCUGGGGGCUUUUCUGGUGGGAGGAUGCUGCGUGCUCGUUUGCAUGUUCCUGUGUGGCCGUGCUGACCCUGAUGACUGAGCUUAGAGAUCCAGACCUUCUCUUGCACAAAGAUGAUACACCUGAAGUUAUCAACUUGUUUGUUUACAUUUUUCAGAUCAUGAUGGUGUCACUUUGAGAAUAUACUUUAUCCAGUUAACUUCCAGAGCAGAAGUCAACCAGAGUAAUGAUGCAACCUUUUAAAUGAGCUCUGGGUAUACAACCUAAGCUUAAGAAUGUUAUGCUCUUUAUUAUCAAUCAAUGUAAAUCCACUGUUUUACAUAAACUCUAUUCAAAUAUGCAGAUGUGCUUCAGCCCAGUCACUCUUGCAUUUUGCAAAUUAUCUUCUACUCAGGAAUUAAAAUGUAUCCCUUUCUAAUUUCCACUGUCUUGAUUAAUCGAUACAAUUCUGAAGCUAUUUUAAUCCAAUUGAACUUAACUACUUUUGUCAACAAACAAUAAUAAUGACAUAUUUUGUACCGUAUGUAAAUGUUGAGAAAAUCUCCUGAAUUUACAUGUAGAAUCCACAAGGUGUCCUUACCUGCAUACUGUACAAGACUGUAAUGGAGAUUAUGUUUGUGUUCCUACAAAAUACAAUAUAUUAAUGUUACUAA